AGGUGAGCGAGGGCCGCUCCUGCGCCUUUAAGGCGCCGCGCAGGUGGCGGGCGUUGACGUCACUGUGUGGUACGUCACGGGGCGGGGCCGCAAGGUGCGCGGGGCCGGAUCGGGGCCGGGGGCGCGGCCGGGGCCGCUCCGGUCUCCUCCCGCCGAUGGACCUGGCCCGGCGCGGCAGCGCCGACCGGGGCUCGGCGUCCGGCGCAGGGUCUCGACCCGGCCCCCCGCGCGGCCCCGGCAGCGCUGGGGUUUCGGGGGCGCCUUUCCUCGGUGGCGGCGUCCCGGGCGGCCGUAGGAGCUCCCGACUGGACGGGCACGGCUGCUCGCGGCGCGCAGGAACCGAGGAGCGGCCCCAGGCCCAGACCCCGCCCGAGGGUCUCCCGCUGCCGGCCUUGCUGUCCCCCGGCCCGGGUAGUCCCCCGUCCCCGGCAGCGCCCGGCCGGGUUACAUUACCCGCGCCGGCCCCGCCGGAGCGGCGGGAGAUGCUGCCCAAAGCGGAGUCCAGCGACCACAUCGCGGCCUGGGCGGGCCCCGCGGUGCCCCGCGCCCCCACGCUGCCCAAGGCCGUGUCCAGCGAGUUCCUCGCCGGCGGAUGGGCGGGCCUGACCCCCCGAGCGGAGCCGGGCGAGCUGCCCGUCCUCGCCCGGACCCUCGGUCGUCUCGGCCCCAGCGACGUCUGCGAUGUGCUGCCGGACUGCCCGGGACGAGCCCCGGAGGACGGCGCGUUCCGGAGCCUGAGCCUUCCUGGAGAUGGGGAGGAAGUGGUUUUCCAGAGACAUCCUGUUUCACAGCCUGCCCGUGUCAGCCGUGUCAGAGGGCUCUUUGUGUUCGUUUCUAGAAUUUCAGGUGCAGAUCCCAGGAGAUCUUGGAGCAUCACAGUGGUCACCUGGAACGUAGGUACAGCCGUGCCCCCAAAUGAUGUGACGUCCCUGCUGCACCUCAACACGGGCGAGACAAAUGAUGUGGACAUGAUCGCCAUUGGGCUGCAGGAGGUAAACUCCAAGAUAAACAAGCGCUUGAAGGAUGCCCUCUUCACAGAUCAGUGGAGUGAACUCUUCAUGGAUGUGCUGAGCCCCUUCCACUUCAUCCUGGUCAGCACAGUGCGGAUGCAAGGUGUGAUCCUGCUGGUGUUUGCCAAGUACUACCACCUGCCCUUCCUUCAGGACAUCCAGACAGACUGCACCAGGACAGGGCUGGGGGGAUACUGGGGCAACAAGGGUGGGGUGAGUGUUCGUCUCUCCAUCUUCGGCCACAUGGUCUGCUUCCUGAACUGCCACCUGCCAGCACACCUGGAGAAGGCAGAGCAGCGCAAGGAGGACUUUGCCACCAUACUGCACAUGCAGCAGUUUGAGGGGCCCGUGGCCAACGGCAUCCUGGACCAUGACCUCGUGUUCUGGUUUGGGGACCUGAAUUUCCGCAUCGAGAGCCUGGACAUCUGUUUUGUGAAGUAUGCCAUUGACAGCAAUGUCCUGAGCCAGCUCUGGGAGAAGGAUCAGCUGAACAUUGCCAAAAGCACGUGGCCUGUUCUCAGAGGCUUCCAGGAGGGACCCCUGAACUUCCCACCCACUUUCAAGUUUGAUGUGGGCACCAACAAGUAUGACAGCAGUGCCAAGAAGCGAAAACCUGCCUGGACUGACCGCAUCCUGUGGAAGAUAAAACCUCCCAGCAAGGGGUUGGGCACAGGCGGGCACCGGCCCAGCCAGGGUGUGCUGUCAGUGAGCCAGCUGUGCUACUGCAGUCACAUGGAAUACACCAUCAGUGACCACAAGCCAGUAGCUGCCAUCUUUGCCGUGCAGUUUGCUUCUAAGGUGGACAAGCCCCUGGUUGAGAUUUAUGUGGCUGACGAGUGGAGCAGGCCUGAGCAGGCAGUUGUCAGGUACAAGAUGGCUGUUGGCUUCCACCGGAGCUCCUGGGACUGGAUAGGACUCUACCGGGUGGGGUUUCGGCACCCUAAAGACUAUGUGUCCUAUGUCUGGGCCAGGAGUGAUGAUGGGGAGCGCUGCCUGGAGAAGCAGCUGUGUGCACAGGUGAUGUUCUCUGAGGAAGCACUGCCCAAGGGGAACGGCGAAUACAUCCUUGGAUACUACAGCAACAUCUCCAGUAGCAUCGCUGGUGUGACUGAGCCCUUCCAGAUUUCCCUACCCAGGUCAGAGGAGGGCAGCAGCUCUACAGACAGCUCAGGCAGCAGCUCAGAAGAGGAUGACAGUACACUUGUCCUCCUGGCUCCCAAAUCCCGUAGUCCCAGCCCGGGCAAGAUGAAACGUCACCGGAGCCGAAGCCCCAGCCUGGCCAAGUUCCAGGGCCUCAUCCUGCGGCCAUCAAGCCGGGACAGGGGUACAAGCCGCAGUCCCUCACCCCAGAGCCGUUGCAGCCUCCCCAGGAAUAUCCCCACCAUUCAUCUGCCCCAUGAGGAGCCGGGGCACCGUGAAGUCAAGAGCAAGGAGCUGGGAGAGGCAGCUGAGAGCCCAGACAGCAGCUCAUUCUACCAGACUGUGCAGGAGCAAAGUGGCCUCCGGCGUGUCUCUGCUGACAGCUCCCUUGCCAGGGCUGACCCCCGGAACCUGGGCCUGCUGCCUGCACUGCGCCUGGAGAUGAUUGACCAGGCCCUGGGCCGGCAGCGGGAGAGUGCAGACCAGGGCUAUUAUCCUUGCCGAAGAAUGAGCCCCACCAGCCCCCCAGGCUGUGGCCCGUCCCCAAAGGAGGGGCACAGCCCCCAGGAGCUGGACAGACAUAGCUGUGCCAUGGGCCGCUGAUGCAGUGGCUCCCUUCCUCCUCCCCGUAGCGCGCUUGCUGUGUGCUUUCCUCUGCCACUUCCCUGCUGAGACACUCCCUCCGUUAUUUAUUGCAGUGACACCUCACCCCUGUUGUGUGCCUGGCAAGUAGAGGCCCCCCUUGCUAUUCCCCCACACAGGGGAGGGUGGGCAAAACUGGUCUCAUGUGGUUUGGGGAACCUCUCAUGAAUUUCCAAGUGCAGGACUCUUGUCCCAUGGGAGGAGUGCUGGCCUCACACCUGAGGUGGCUCAAAAGGCCAGGGCAGGGCUCUGGCAGGAAUGGUGACAGGCACAGAGCAAGGACUCCCACAGGGUACCCUGGAGAUCAAAGCUUGCUCCUUCCCUGCUCUGCCAUUGUGCCUCAGCCUGAACAUAGUGCAAGUGACAAAAUAAAUGAUCCUGCCCA